GGCUUCAGUUUAUUUCAGGCCAAGCAUUUGCACGGGACUCAGGACUGUUUCCGUUACUGGCAACAAAACAAAAAUAUAUUUUGUAUAAAUAUACGUUGAUUGACAGUGAAAUAGACUGUAAUAGACAAUGCUGAAUUCAUGUUUUUUGCAACAACAAAAAAUACCCCCAAGAUCCAGUUUUCCAACUCCAUCUCCAAAAGGCCGUGAUUGAAAGGAGGUCAUAGAACUCACUCGUGUGGUGAUUUCACCAGUCUGUAUACAGUUGACACACUUGUCUUCAGGCAAUGGUGGAUAAGGUCAAGAAAGCUUUCUGCUUGCGUCUUUUCGCAAAAGACGACCUCUGUCGCUCUCAAGAGUAGGGACGGCUAAACCUCUCUCCAGUACCCCUCACAACCCCUCCCUCCUUUAGAAAAGACCAAGAGUUGUGAGAUAGACUGUGGCCAUGGCAUUCUAUUAAGGCUGAACGGACGCACCACGAACUUCAUAGAAGACAGGAUCCAGUGAAAGAGACGCAUUAACACUUGCUCCUAAUUUCUUCUCUUUAUCGUGGAUUUUUUCUUUUUUGGAUCACUUUAAUUCCACAUUUGCGUGGUUUUUCGGGUCUACAAAGGGAUUUCACGUGGUUGGGACUGCGCGAACGAGAGAGACGACUGAACGGCUACUAUCGGUAUCUCAGCCUGUAGCCAUGCCAGUUGGGUUUCAGCAACUUGGAGGGGAGACGGUGACUGGAACCCUCGCUCUCUCUGUGUUCACCGCUGUGCUCGGAUCCCUGCAGUUUGGCUACAACAUUGGCGUCAUCAAUGCCCCUCAGAAGAUCAUUGAGCAGGACUACAAUGCCACGUGGCACCAUCGGUACGGGGAGCCCAUCCCCCUGGGAACGCUCACCUCGCUCUGGUCCCUGUCUGUGGCCAUCUUCUCCAUAGGAGGCAUGCUCUCCUCCUUCUGUGUGGGCGUCAUCUCAGAGUGGCUGGGCAGGAGGAAAGCCAUGUUGAUCAACAACUUGUUUGCAUUCAUUGGCGGAGGCCUGAUGGGGAUGUCCAAGAUCAGUCGGUCAUUUGAGAUGAUGAUCCUCGGACGGUUUGUCAUCGGGAUGUACUGUGGAUUGGCUUCAGGGCUGACACCCAUGUAUGUGGGUGAGAUUGCACCCACCAGUCUCCGAGGGGCACUGGGCACCCUGCACCAGCUGGCUAUCGUCACAGGCAUACUCCUAGCACAGAUCCUUGGUCUGGAGUCUCUGCUGGGUAGCGAGGAGCUCUGGCCGGUGCUGCUGGGGAUCACCGUUAUCCCCACCGUUCUGCAAAUGGUGUUGCUGCCCUUCUGCCCCGAGAGCCCCCGGUUCCUCUACAUCAUCCGCUGCCAGGAGCACCACGCCAAGAGUGGUCUUAGGAGGUUGACGGGGAGACAGGAUGUAGGGGACAUGCUGGCGGAGAUGAAGGAGGAGAAGAGGAGGAUGGACAUGGAGAGGAAGGUGUCCAUCCCGGAGCUGUUCCGAUCUCCGUUUUACAGACAGCCUAUAAUCAUAGCUAUCGUUCUGCAGCUCUCCCAGCAGCUGUCUGGAGUCAACGCUAUAUUCUACUACUCCACCAGCAUCUUCCAGAAGGCAGGGGUCCAAAGCCCUGUCUACGCCACCAUUGGAGCCGGAGUGGUCAACUGUGCCUUUACCGUGGUCUCGCUCUUCCUGGUGGAGAGGACAGGCCGCAGGACACUGCACAUGCUCGGCCUGUCCGGGAUGUGCCUGUGUGCUGUCAUCAUGACGAUGGCCCUCGCCUUAUUGGAUAGGGUUCCCUGGAUGAGCUACAUCAGCAUGCUGGCCAUCUUUGGCUUUGUGGGCUUCUUUGAAGUGGGUCCUGGUCCGAUCCCCUGGUUCUUCGUCGCCGAGCUCUUCUCCCAGGGUCCCAGACCUGCUGCUAUGGCUGUGGCCGGAUUCUCCAACUGGACCGCCAACUUUAUUAUCGGCAUGGGCUUCCAAUACAUCGCUGACGUUUGCGGCCCGUACGUGUUCCUGAUUUUCGCAGUGCUCAUCCUCUUCUUCAUCCUCUUCACCUACUUCCGGGUGCCAGAGACGCGGGGCAAGACGUUUGACCAAAUUGCCGCCAAUUUCCAGCAGCACUCAGCGACCAUGAUGGACAUAGACCUGGACCUGGGCCUGGACAAGCCUAGCACCGAGCUGGACUACCUUGGGGAUGGCACUCUGAACUAAGGGUGGGGGGCCUGAGGAGGGAAGGAAGGCUGGGCGCCAUAGAAAUGAAGUUGGGUAUCGUCCCAAGGGGUGGACAGUCCUUUGGACCGGAUUCCAAACCCAUUGCUGUGUAUUUGGAGAGUUGAUGAGAGUAUGCAAUUGGUUUGGAAUCAGGCCCUUGUAGGAUGCCAUGGGUGAAACAGGGAAAUUACGCUAAGUGGGGGGGCAUUCCUGGAACUCAACUUAGUACAAUCAGUUUCAGGGAAAAGGUUAUACAACUUUAGAACAGAACUGCAACAACUUAACAGUCCCGGGAGAGGAAGAGUUGGAGGCUUGUUACCAAGUUUGGGUGACAGAUUCUGAUUACCAUUGCAACCCAUAAUGGGUCAUAGUGGGCUGUAAAAAAUGUUUUUUAAGGCAUAAAUCACAUGGUUUUUAAAUGCAGGUUGAGGUUGGGAAAUUAUUCUGUGAUAUUGCACACAGAUAUUAUAUAUAGAGCAAUGCUGGAGACUUUUUACUGCACUUUAUCUACAAAUAUGUCAGGUUUUCAGAGAUGGAGAAAACUAGUUACAGAAGGGAAAUAAGGUUAACCAACUAUACAUAAGUAACUAGUUAAGUGGUCUUGACGGAAACAUGUAUGAUUUGUUUCUGACAUUUCAUGAUGCGUAUUGCACAGCCUACAGAAAUGUUACUGUGAGAAGUGAUAAUGAUGUACAGUACUUAGUACUUAAUGUUUAUAGUGUGCUGGUUUGAUUGAAACAAAGGAAAAAUAAUGGUUUGAGGGUCUACAAAUAUUCAAACUUUACCCACUCCAAAAGGAGGAUGCCUUUCAUUUCUUGUGACAGGUAUUUGAAGUGGUCCUACUGCAAGAGAUUUAACAAAGCUUUUUUUUUUACCAUCUCUGCAAUAUGUCUGAAAGUACUAUGCAUGCAGUUAGAUAUUUUGGAUGUACUGGUGUGAUUGUUUCUUGAAGACUUGUAUUGAGAUAUUGUACAAAGGACACCAGUAAUUUAUAAAAUGUGUGAAUAUUGAUGCUGUGUUCAAUGAAGUAACAGAUUGUUGACAAAUGCCACUUGAUUGUCUUUUUACUCAAAUAUUAACAGCCCAAUUAUGAAGAUGUUAUCAAAGGACUACUAAAUAUAUUCAAGUAGAUAUGUUGACACCCCUAUUACUUCAGGCAUCAUAUGUAUCACACCCAAAAUGCAGGGUACAGUGCCAUACAGGUAAAGAACUAUACUUGAAAUGUCACUUGAGUUAAAGAAAUUGUAGGUAAGGAAUAUUAAACUGACUCGCCAGAUGGUUUCCUACUGUUGAAAAAGGACACAAACACUUGGCAAGUGAUGAACCAUCUGUAUCACAGGCUAACUUAAACCACCCCUGUAACUGCCAGUACGAGUUUCCUUAUAGGAUGCAAAUUGGUCCAAAGCACUGGCUCGGGCACAACUAACAAAGUUUGUCAAGAUGGAUUGUCACAUGGUCCUUAUCGUGAUGCCAGCUGUCUUAGCAUGAGGUAGCAUGUGAGGGAUCUCAUGAGGGAGCAAAGAACAGUGGCAGCAUUUUUUGCAAAUAUUUUUUUAUUGACAUACUGAACUGACAUUGCACAUGAUCCCCUCAAAAUAAAUGCAUAUAAAAAUAAAACAAAUGAAAUUACUUUAUA